GUACCGCGGCCCGCACGGUAGGUACGGGGCGCGCCGGCCUGCGGGCCCGGCCUGCUGCUCCUGCACCCGGGCGGCUGCCGCCCGCGCUGGGGCGCUUGGCCACGUAUUCCAGAGGGAAUCUCCUUCCCCGACCUAACUGGGGAAACAAGGCCUCACCCGUGUCUCUCUGUGUGUAUACAUAUAUACGCCUGUUUGAGCACUGUGAUGCAGGUGCUCUACAAAUCAUCUGGCUUGAAGGACUUGUCAUGAGUCUGAAAUUUGGACCGUCUUGGAUUACCUGAAGGACUCCAUGUGUAAGUUGUCUGCACCAUCUUGAGCUUACCUCUCUUCAACUGUGGCAGCUUGCAUCUCUGAUUAAACCUGUUGUUCAGUUUUGCUUUACAAAGCGAGUUUCUUCUUCAGAAGAAGAAGAAGGGAUUUCAUUUCCAAAGAGCGUAUGUCGAAUCACAUGUCACUCUGAGAGCUAAUCUCUUAGUUGUCCUCAAGUUCUUUAUCAGAACAUGUCAUCACACAGCUGUACACUCCUUGUGACUGCCACAGACUGCAAAAGGGGAUCUGACUAGUUCCUGCCCUGCUUGGAGACCUGUGUAUGUGUGCUUCCAUUUGCCAGUUUCUUCGCAAGUGUACUAAGAAAAAAAUGCAAGCUUGAGGUGCUUUUUCAGAGAAGCAAAUGAUUUAUGCCAGCCAUGUCACCAGCUGAAUGGGUUUCACUACCCUCUGACUCUGUGGGCCUUUGUUAGUAGUCUCACCGGGAUUUGUUGACCUACAACGUUAAUGUUGAGCGUGUUGUGUUUUAAGGUUUUGAGGAAAAUGCAGAGACGGCAUAGCAGCAACACUGAUAACAUUCCUCCUGAAAGAAACCGGAGCCAAACAGUCAGUUCUGAAACUAGCGUGGAUGAAAGUGGAGUUUUUGAAAGUCUGAAGGCUGAAGCUUCCUCACCACAACAGCUGUUCUCAGGCCUGGCAGGUAUCCCGUCGGGCACCAUCACAGCCACGCCGUUCCAGUCAGGUUUGGUUCUGGGCUCUUCAGCAGGAGGUGGGGAAGUUUUCAUUCAGAUGCCAGCCCCAAGGGAGGAAGGGACCAGUCGGACAGAAGGAGCCCCGUUUCACCACCGGCAAUCAUCCCAUCAUUUCCACCAUGGCCAUCACCGGGGCUCAUCUCUACUGCACAUGGCAGGAGGGGACCGCCACGGGCAUGCUGAGGAAGGCAGUGAUGAACAAGCUGGAACUCCAGCCCCAGCUCUUUCAGAAUUAAAAGCUGUCAUCGGUUGGCUGCAGAAGGGACUUCCCUUCAUCUUGAUCCUCCUGGCUAAAGUUUGUUUCCAGCACAAGCUUGGGAUUGCUGUGUGCAUUGGUAUGGCCAGCACAUUUGCAUACGCCAACUCAACACUCAGAGAACAGGUUGCUCUGAAGGAGAAGAGAUCAGUGUUGGUUGUCUUCUGGAUUCUGGCCUUCCUCACUGGAAACACCUUGUACUUGCUUUACACAUUCAGCUCUCAGCAGCUGUACAACAGCCUUAUAUUUCUGAAACCCAACCUUGAGAGGCUGGACUUCUUCGACCUGAUGUGGAUUGUAGGGAUUGCAGACUUUGUGCUGAAGUACCUCACCAUUGCAUUGAAAUGCCUAAUUGUUGCCUUGCCUAAGAUCAUCCUAGCCAUCAAGUCAAAGGCUGUCUUCAGUUACCCGUUUACCAGACUAUUUCUCCAGUUUGUCAAGAUUAAUUUGGAUUAUAAUCCUUUCUGGCAUGUUUACAGCCUUUCCCGGUUUAGUGUCAAGUGGAUAUUUGAUAAGCCUACUCUGUACAUCAAGAUCAUUAAUGAAAAUAGUGAAUGGUACAAAACUGCUUACCUUGGAUGCAUCUUUUCAUUUUGGUAGUAAACACAUUAAAAAUUUGGGCUAGAGCACUCAGUUCUCCCAAUGUGAAGUACCUGGGUCAUGUAUUCCUAGGAUGACCCCAUCACAGGAAGGGCAGUAUUUGGUUUAAGAUGAUGUCAAGAACCAUGUUGGAUUUAUAGCAUCAGUUCAUGAUUUAACUGAGAAAAAGAAAACAAGAAUUAAAAGGCAGAAAAAGUUGUUUGUCUUUGCAAUCAGAAUACAGAGGCAGUAAACAUGGUCGUGAGUGCUUGAAAUGUGAAGCAUGUGGACUUGCCAGGAUACAACUAGCCACAGUACUCCAAGCUUGAAUAAUGCAGAAGUGGAACAUCUCUGCAAGAAACCCCUCCAAAGAAUGAGGGAAAACUGAAAAUUUGACAAAAUGAUCCCACACUUUCCCAGGUUACAAACCAGCCCAGAAAACAAAGGUGCCAAGAGAGGCUGUGAGACUACAAUCAGGCUGGAAGGCAGGGAAAGGAGAGCUUGUAAAUAGGAGAGAAGCAGAAAAAAAGGAAGAGAACCUCAACAUCAGACUCCAGUCUUACACCUCAGUAAUUAGGGGGAGUUUGUGGGAGAAGGAGCAUACCUGUAGCUAAAGAUGUCCCUUCCUCCCCCAUGAGCUGUGAUGGGCACAUCAAGCUUAGUACAAGUUUUAAUAGCAGCUGGGCUCAUAAUUUCUUUGGAAGGGGGGCUUGGCUCCCACCCUGCAUGCUGAAGGCUCUCCAUUUAAAAAGGCAGAUAAGAUCAUUUGGUUCAAUAUAAAAUGAAUUAAAGUAAAUUAAACUGCAGGAGCCAUGUGGCCUGCCGAGGCCUUCAUUGUUGUACACACAUAAAUGGCAGCUUUUCAUUUUCACUGCUAAGGAAUGACAGCUUGAGGGGGGUGGAAUUAAAAAUCAGGAAAUAAAUAAUAAAAAGACACAGUUGCCAAAUAUUUCGUUCAGGAAAUCCCAGGUGCCUGCAAGUCUCCCAUCCCCUCCUCAUGCUGUUGUCAGCAAUCUAAGCUGGUAUCCUGGAGCAUGGACUAAAGCAUUUGGGGGAGGGGGGAAGAAAGAAAACCAAACCAAGGAAUCGUAACAAACUGGUAUCCCAGGUUCUUUUAGAGAGAGAGAGAUACUUACCUCUAUAGGGGAGAAAGAUACCAAGGACACUUUUUUGCCAACAGUCUUAAUGACUGGUGUAUAAGAAAGGCCCUAAGUAAGAAUUUUCUUUGCAUGCUCAGUACAGAUGUGCAGCCAAGUUACCAGGGGCUGCAUUUCCAGAAGACUGAAAAUUGAAAAGGGAAACUAACAUUUGUUUGUUGAAAACAUAGCAUUGAAACAAUUGAGUAAAUACUUGUCAGUUUUGUUUGAAAGCUGGAUCUAGACAUUGCAAAUGAGCUUUUUGUGGCAAGACUGGCAUUACCUGUGAAGUUUUUGCUUUAUGCUGUUUAAAUGGUGUCAGUGGCAAGUGUACAAAUACUAGUCCACACUAGCACUGCGGUGUCCUCGCUGCAGCUUUGAUAAUAUUUGCUUGGUGGGGUUUUUUGUUGAUUUUUUUUUUUUUUUGGUGCUUUUAUGGUAGUGGUUAGUUGGGCUUUUUUUAUUUUGUUGGUUUUUUUUAAAUAUUAUCCCAUCAAACCUGGUUGGAGAAAACUUGACCUGUGUGUGGCAGCCAUUCUUUACAUAGUUUUGCACUUGGACUUUGGACCAGGUACCUUUUUUCAGGUGCAUACCACGUUUCCUAGUAUAGAGUUUGCAGCUCUGCCAUGUACACUGGCACAUUAAGCUUCCCAUAUUCCUUCUGAAGCUGCACCUUGGACAUAAAAAUAUUAGAAUAUCUUUUGCACAAAGUAGUUAUGAUUUGGAUCAUUCAACUGAAGCAAAUUAUCUAAAGGUGACAUGUUACAGUGUCAGCUGAUCUGUGUAUUUUGUGAGUUUGAAGCCAGUAAGACUUGAUUUUGAGUAGCCCUAAUGGUCUUCCAUGUUCAAUGGAGCACAGACAUGUCCAUGGUUGCUCUGGUUGUCAUGCCACUGCCUGUUUCUGUGCGCAGCCAUGUAUAAUUAAACAGUUAUUUUAAGGAAAACAAGCACUUCCCUUAUGAUUAAAUUUGUUCUGCACCCUCCUUCCAUCUUGUGUGAUACUAUGGUCCAAAAUCCUGGUUCCCAGCCUCACUGGGCAGGCUGACCCUUGCUCUAUCCCGUGAUUAGUUGCACAAAUGACUUGCAUGUGCAGAUAUUUUAUGCUGCUUGAGCAGCAAGCUCCUUCUUGCACUAGUCAUUCAUGUAGAACAACCCAUGGCAUAAAACAAUGUCCAUCCUUCUGCACUGGGGGAAAGGGGGCAAGUUGGAACAGUUUGCUCCUGCCAAAGCAUUUUCUCUAAGCCACAGCCUCAUCCAGAAGGCUCACAUUAGGAGAGAAGGUGCUAGAGGGAAGUUUUAUUAAUUGUGAUAGUAACGGCAGCAGCCUUCUAAUGUCCCUGCAGCCUCUCUUUCAUCAGGGGGCCAGAUAUUUAUCAAUCAUUUAACAUGAAGUUUGUGUGCAUUUCUUUUUGUCCUGAGAAAAACAAGGUCUCUUGGAGCAUUUGAGCCCUCUAGAUGCUGAUCAAAAAACCAUGGAAGCAUUAAAACAAGUCCUGGGAGCAAACGUAUAGACGAUGUUACCAAAAAAAUCUGGGUAAAGAUCUUCCCAUUCCUUGUCUGUGUGAUAAGCAAGCUAAUCCUAGUGUUUCUCUAAUAGUGUGGCUAAAGUGGUGUUUUCAGAUAGGUGGUAGCCUAUCCUUCAUUACCCUUGCCUUGAGGAUCUUUGAUACUGUUUGGGGGAACUCAUUCAGAUUCACUCUUCUCGGACAACAAUCUGAGCUUUGAUCCUCUAGAGUCACAGGAGCUAUGUGAUGGUUCUGCAAAGGCUUUUCCCUAUUGCAGCCUGGAACACAUGUGAUGUUCCAGAGUCAGCAGUGCAGGAUUUACUGCUUUAAAAGACUAACUAAACCAUAAGACUAGGUGCUGAGGAACUGGGACUCUUUUCUGUCCCUCUCCUUAACACACUUUGAAAGUCACUGCUACUAAGCUUCAAAGGCAUCAUUGCUUUUAAGUGCCUUUCAAGUUUCAACUUUCCAGUUUAAGAUAUCCAAGAUGUGUCUUUCAGAAAUGCUGUUCACUGACAAAAGAAAUAUCUCAUUUUCCCCUCUAGUCCCACCUUGGAAUUACUCCUCAUUAUUCUUGCAUGGAUUUUCACCAGCGUCCUCUGUGCCACAAUCCUGUUUAUGCUCCUACCCAACACUCUUAUAUUGGCAAUAUGACCAGAAAUCUCAGCAGAGCCUGCUCUCCUCUGAUCCAAAUUGCCAGCAGGUCUCAAAAGUUUUUUCUAGCAUCUUCCUGUUUCAGAAUAUGUCCUAAUGCUGCUGGCAACAGAAUAAGUGAGACUUGGAACUUCCCUUGAGUGCUAAUCACAACUUACAGUUGCCUCAUUGCAACUUCUCUCAGUUCUCUUACAUCCCAUUUUAAUUCCACUGUGUAAAACCUUUAUAUGCCUUUCUGUUUCCUUCUGUGGAAGCACACAUGCACACUUAUACAAAACCUUAUGUCAAAAGAAACUACAAAGUCAAUGCUUGGUUAGGCUAUGUGAGAAUUAGCAUUGCUUCUGCAGCUGUAAUAUUCCUGUUUUGGUGUGUAUAUAUUGUGAUUCAAUUUUUAAUUAUAUGAUUCCAUGUUAUUUUUCUGUAAGACUUCUUCCAUCCAUCACCAGCGUAUACUGUGCCCCACAAAUGAAGCAAGGCAAGGUAUUGAAAGAAGCUGUUGUAGAACCUGGGAAGUGCAUAAAGAACAAAGAGACCAUUGUGUGAAGAAUGUUCUACAGGUUUAAGUUAAAUACUACACUGGAGAAUUAAAUCCCAUCCUUCAUUUUGCCAAAUAAUUCCUAUGUGAUUCUAGAAAAGUCAUGUGCAGCUGCAAACUGAAGCCAGCAGUUUAGCUUUUAAUGGUAAUGUGAUCUAUAAAAUUAAGUGUUUUUAAAGAGUCUAAUCCCAGUCAUUUCACCUUGGUCAUCAAAGCCACCUUACCUUCACCUUAGUCUUUCUGUGUCUCAAGUUUCCAUUUAGAAAAAGCAGAGAAUAGCUCUCCCUUAUG